GGCCUUGUCUUUUAUUUGCCCUGGAUCGUCAUCUUCAUGGACGCAGACGGGAUUCAAAAACAUGAAGAAUUUCCUAUCCGAUUGUAAGAAGCAUGAGAAGGCAAAAUCGCACAUUGGUGCUUACAAGACCUGGAAGACCUACGGUUUUCAGCCUCGUAUCGACUGUCUCAUGUCACAAACUAGACGUGAAGAGAUUCAGCGUCAUAACGAGGAGGUUGAUGAGGCAACUGAUGUUUCUACCAAAGAACAAUUGAGUGUAAUUGUUCGAAUGGACAAAGGGGAAAGUGUCAUUGAAAGACAGCUUGGGUUUGUUGAUGUUAGUUGUGAUAGGACUGCAACUGCUAUAUCAUCAGUGGUUAAGGGUAAGUUAAGUCAAUAUAAUAAUGUGAAAGAGAAAUUUAUUGGACAGACUUAUGAUGGUGCAUCUGUUAUGUCUGGUCAUCUCAAUGGUGUUCAAGCUCAGGUUCAGCAGGAUUAUCCUUAUGCUCAAUUUGUUCACUGUGCUGCCCAUAGACUAAAUCUAGUAUUAUGUCAAGCUGCAUCCUCCAUCUCACCUGUUAAGAUUUUCUUUGUUAAUAUUAGUGCUUUCUGCACCUUUACUAGCAAUUCCCCCCAAAAGAAAAGCUUUACUAUCAUCCCAUAGGCUUGAGUUUCCUAGUCCUGGUGACACAAGAUGGUAUUAUAGGGCUCAUGUCA